UUCUCCGUCUGGGAACUGCUGCUGCUCCCGCUCCCCAGCGAGAACGCUUAGCCGAAAGCUGGGAGAGUCAGGAUGAGGAAAAGACGGGUCCAGCGGAUGGUGCUGGCCACUUGCAUCGGCUCUUUGCUCCUGGUGAUCUUCUACUUCCAGAGCAGCCUGAAUCCCGCUGCCGAGGACAGGAUCUUGAGGACUGACUGGUUCGGCAAGUCAGGGCGAAGCCCACUCCAGGCCCUUUAUGACAGUGAUCAGUUCCCACCGUCGUCCGUUCAGGCGGCCCACCAGCGGCGCAGGGAGCUGCUGGGCAGGGUCUGCAGCCGCUACACCCUGAAGAGACGCCUGCUGACCCCGGAGGACCUGCGUCACCUGGUGGUUGACGACGACCACGGCCUCCUGUACUGUUACGUGCCCAAGGUGGCCUGCACCAACUGGAAGCGGGUGAUGAUGGUGCUCACCGGGCAGGGCAAGUACCGCGACCCCCUGGAGAUCCCGGCCCACGAGGCCCAUGUCCCGGCCAACCUGCGGACACUGGCAGAGUACAGCCCGGCAGAGAUCAACAGGCGCCUGCGCAGCUACCUCAAGUUCCUGUUUGUGCGGGAGCCCUUUGAGCGCUUGGUCUCCGCCUACCGCAACAAGUUCACCCGCAGCUACAACACCGCCUUCCACAAGCGCUACGGGACCAAGAUCAUCCGGCGCCACCGGCGGCAACCCAGCCCCGAGGCGCUGGCCCGAGGGCACGACGUGCGCUUUGAGGAGUUCCUCUACUACCUGCUGGAUCCCCGGACCCAGCAGGAGGAACCAUUCAAUGAACACUGGGAGCGAGCUCACUCGCUGUGCCACCCCUGCAUCGUCCAUUACGACGUGGUGGGCAAGUACGAGACGCUGGCCGAGGACGCCGCUUACAUCCUGCGCCUGGCCGGGGCCGACGUGCGUUUCCCGGCCUCGUCCAAGAAUGCCAAGACCACAGACAACAUGGCGGCCCACUUCUUUGAGGGCAUCAGCCCUUUCUACCAAAGAAGACUCUUUAAUUUAUACAAGAUGGACUUCCUCCUCUUCAACUAUUCCAUCCCCUCUUAUCUGCGGCUCCGAUGA